UAAUUUUAGAAAGGAAGAAUACAAUAAAACUUUCAGUUUAAAAUGAUUAUAUAAACAAAAUAUUUCCCUUAAAAUUAUAUUACUGUAAAUUGUGAUAUUUUUAAUUGUCCCUAUAAUGCCUUAUGAGCAUGUACGUAUUUUAAACAUAGAUAAAAAACAGCGAUACAGCAUACCUCCAAUAAACAUUGAAAAUUUAGGCGAUAUACGGACAAUCAUUUGCAAAAUAGGAUGAACUGCAAUGCAUUUGCUUUGCAUUAUAGCCUACUAAUUAGCAAUAAUGCUUUCAAAUCAGUUGCAAUUUCUCCUAAUUAGCUCUUAAAUGUACUGGAUGACCAAGCAGCAAUUUCAGCUUGACAUUGCAAACAGAGUUGACUCUGCUUAUGAUAUAACAUUCUCAACGUGGCUAUAGUGUAUAUAAAUCGAAUUUGACUUCUUGUUGACCGACUGUUUCCAUGUGGUACCCAGCAGAGAUACAACGUUAAUACAACAAUGAACAAAUCCACAAGGGCCGUGACGUGGAUUCGAACCUACGUCCGGGAGCAUCCCAGACACUGCCUUAAUCGACUGAGCUCGUUGGGAAGCGUUGAGACGCAGGGACUAACCGCACAGGAGACUUAGUCAUGACAAAUAGGAGAAAAUAUUAAGUUUUAAUCAUUUUCAUGAGAUUCUUUUGGCUUAUUCGCCGAUCAUAGGAAAGUUGAGCCCCGUUCUCACCAUUUGUCACUCCGAAAAAAACUAACUGUCUUGCAAAACAAGGAACGUACGAACCCAAUCAAUGUACCUAACUCUAAGUUAACGCUCACUGUUACAAUAUUUCAGUGCUUUAUUUUGUAUUAUACGUCACGUUUUUUUACAGAUCGGUCUAUUCCGUUAAAAUGCAACGACUAGGAUAGAGAAUGGGUUGUCCUAACACAGUGUUAGUAGAUGUGAUUUACUGACUGUAAAUGUUUUAGUUUGUGAGUGCGUGCAAGAGUGUUCCUGGCAGGUGUGUUUCAGACACAUUGAAGUGGCCUAUCGUAGUUUUCUUACUAGAGAUUCAGCAAAUAAUUAAAGCAAUGCCUUUUGCAGUUCUGAUGUGAAGUGCCCUAUGCGUAUUUAGUAUCUUGAGUAUGCAAAUGUUGGUUAGAGUAAAUAACUAGAUAUAUAAACUCGAUGCAGAUUAUUCAGGAGUCUGUAGAUUUCGUUUAAUUUGAAUUUGAGAAUGUUAUAUACAUCAUCUACUGUUCUUACUUAUGGCAAUUUUCAUACGAAAACUCAGAAGAUUAAUGUGAAAUGGAAUUCAAAUCACGGUUUAUACUUAUGUAUAUAUUUUUUAGAGUAUAUUGUAGUCAGCUAUAUGUUGAGGGCCGGGCCUGAAGGAGACAUUGGGGUCAUAUAAAUGAUGUUAUAUUUAUAACCUUGUUAAUCAGGAUUUGUGUAUGUUGAUCGGUUUGUACAUGUUAAACAUGAUGUAUGUGUUUGUUAUUUAGGAUGUGCAUGUUAUUCAGGAUAUGAAUAGUCAGUUAAUCAGGUAUCUUAAUCAGAAUUUGUAUGUGUUAAUCAGGGUUUAUAUUAAUGAGAUUGUGUGUUAAUCAGGGCUGUCUGUGUGUGUGUGUAAGCAUAAUUCGUUAUCUUAUCUUUUGAAAAUUAGAAUUUGUGUUCUUGGUACGUUCCGGUUUUUACUUCUAUUCCAUCUUUACCUAAACUGAUGUUUCCUUCGUCUUCAUCCCUUCCUGUUCCUCUCUCAAAAUUAUUACUCAUUGUUUAUUCUUAGACUCGUAUUAUUCUUAUCUUCACCGAGAUCCAUGUCUCAGGCAUAGAGCCCCGCCAAAUGAGACACGGCAGUUAUAUUAAGUGUGGGUUUGUACGCUCUCCAACGGUACGAAGCCUCACGUAAGGUCGUCCCCUUGGCCAGUACGGGCUGCACUGUUCAUUCUCUCUAUCUUCCCAACCAUCCCGGGUACAGGAGCCUUGGCAGGAUGGAGCACCGGUGACACCCUGAAGGAGGAAGCCAGCAACAAGGUCCUCACUUACUUCGACAAGAUGACCGGCGGUGGGAAGGACUUCCUUGACGACAACAUCGCCUCCAGCACCGACUUGAAGGGUGGUGAUGAGUUGGUUAGAGCUACCAGGGGGUUUGUUAGAGGCGCUGGUAGCACUUUUGUUGCUCAUGUCGGUGGCGGAGGAGCGGGUAGAGGUACUGGAGGUGGAGGCGGGUACCGUUCUAGCAGUGGUGGGGGAAGCGGUAGUUUUGACUCUGGUAGUCGCACUGGAGGUGGUAGUUUGACCUCGGCUACUCACCUUAGAAGUGAUGGUUUUGGCUCUGGUAGCCAAAAUGGAGUUGGAAGUUUUAGUUCUAGUAGCUACAGUGGAGGUUUUAGUUUAGAUUCUGAUAGUCACGGUGGAGGUGGUAGUUUUGGUUCAAGGCGUUACAGUGGAGGUGGUAGUUUAGACUCUGGUAGUCAAAGAAGAGGUGGUAGUUCUGGAUCUAGUAGUUACAGUGAAGUUGGUAGUUUAAUUUCCAGUAGUCAGAGUGGAGGUGGUAGUUUUAGCUCUAUUAGUCCUAUUGGAAGUGGUAAUUUGGGUUCUAGUAGUUACAGCGAAGAUGGUAGUAACAACAGCGGUGACAGUUCUGGCCCUGCCACUACUAGUGACCGUGACGGAGGUGGAGGAGACGAAGGUGGACUUACGAUUGGUAGUGAUGUUGAAUUCGGCAUUAGAGAUCCAAGCAGCAGUAGUGGUGGUGGUGGUGGUGGCAGUGUCCUCAGCCGCACUGGAGCAAGCGGAGGCAUUCUAUACAGCAGUAAGACUGGAGCUAAUGGAAGGAACACUGGAGUUUUUAUAAAUAGUGUUGAAGGAGACAACGGCAGUGGUUUUGCCAGUAGUAAUGGUGUCGGUGUUGCCAGCAGCAACAGUGGGUACUCUGGACAGACUGCGGUCAGCAACUUCAACAGAGGUCUCGUUGGUAACAGUGGCAGAAAUACCCCCUUUGUUGGUGGAAUCCCAAACCCCAAUAAGGGACAUGUUAGAGACACUUCCAGCAGUCGAUUGACCAGUCGAGUAGUAGGACAGGGAGGAGGAGCUGCUCUCAACACCCAGAUAUUCAGAAAGGCAAAUAGGGGAACUAAAACCAUUCCGAGUAAUCAUGUAGUAGGUGGCAACAGUGGAGCUGGGAGUAAGGGGCACGGUGAGGCUAGUUCCAGAGAACCUAGGAGAAGCAGUGAGGGUAAUUUUGUCAUUGGUAAUAAAGACGGCGGUGGCGGCUUCAGUGGUGAUAACGACGGCGACUAUAUUGGAGGUGGUGGCGGUGAUAAUGGAGGCGGCUACAGUAGGGGUGGUGAUAGCGGAGGAGGUGGUGGUGGCGGCUACACCGGAGGUGGUGGUGCGUCUGUAGGGCAGCACAACAACCUGGGGGUGGUGUUCACAAGCGGAUACCUGGACGUCAUCCCUGGGACUCCCGGACGGGACUAUCUGCUCCUGUCUACCGUCCCGUCGACGGCCUUCGUCUGCGACUCUCUCCCGGGGUAUUACGCCGACACAGAUCCCGCUGCAGGAUGCCAGGUGUUCCACAUCUGUCAGGCGAACGGCCGCAUGGACUCGUUCCUCUGCCCCAACGGCACAGUCUUCAACCAGCAGUUCUUCGUAUGUGACUGGUGGUUCAACUUCGACUGCUCCACCGCCAGGCAGUACUACGACCUCAACUUCGAGAUAGGAAAGGUGGACACCACGACUUCCUACAACGGCAACACCAUUCCCCACGGCAGCUACGAUCACAUCACUGACAACAUCCAAUAUCCAUUCAGAGAUUAUCGUUCUCCAGUAAAAUAGACGUGCUUUGAUAACUGUUUUCAGAGCGUAUGUUUAACCAAAAGUGGAAUGAACGUAAGGUUAAAUAAAAGCAAUCAGGGGUAUACGGAAUCUUUGUUUGUAAGUCUUCUUAGAAAUAAUACUCGUGCCAUGCUCGGCUCAGUCAAAUGGGCACUCAUACUCGACCCAUUCUAAUUGUCACUUAUGCCCAACUCAGUUUAAUGGGGAUUCUUAGCACCCGUCCGAGUGUGGAGACAGUAGCAUUCAGCCAUGACCAGUAGCAGGAGCCUAUAGCAAUUUGCAUACAAGAACAUCUCAGAAUAUUUAAAAUCUUAACUAAUGAGGAAUACGGUAUGUAAAUCAAUCUUCAUGUAUAGGUAGUUGUGUCAAAGAGAAAAUAAUUGAAGAAAAAAAAAGAAUGCAUUAGGUUUUUUCUAUAUACAUUAGGCUUGUUUAAAUUUGCAUAUGAGAUUUUUAUGGAGUGUUUAUUUAAUGCAAUAUAAUAUAUAAAUAUACGUGUGGGGGUCUCAGGAAAUGUUAGUAGAAUAAUUAAGUGCAUGAAUAACAAUAAUGAAUGUUACCGCUAAAUAACCGUUACACGGGAAACUGAAUUAAAAAAAACUGUCAUCGCACUGAGAGGAGAGGAGCAGUGUUGCAUAGUUUGCAGAGGCUACUGUGAUAACAGAGAAGUUAUGUUGAUAAGUUACAUAAGUUAACUUUUACAUAAGUUAACGUUACACAAGUUAAGAUUGUAAGUUACAGCCUAUUGAAACAAACAGGUGUGUAA